AUGCCGUCUUCCUCAUCUUCCUCGUCGGAAGAUGAGACGCCUAUCGAACUCAUAGAAGCCAAGGGAUCUUCCUCUGAUGAAAGUGCCCCGCCAGCACGUUCGGGGGAACGUGGCAUGGUGGGCAUGUGGACGUGGCCGUGUCCCAGAUGCUACGGGAAAACUUUCGAUAUGAGAGUUCAGCUGGGCACUCUAAAGCCAAUCGAUUGGGAUAAGCAGACUUUGGCUGAGAAGUUUCGCUCGGCUCUGCAGAAGCGGGGGUUACUAGGUGACUUGCAGAAAAUGAUCGUCGUAUCCGAGCCCCACAAAAAGUGGGACGCUCAAACAGAGCGUAGAGAGCAACACUAUCAUGUGGUAGUCAAAUUCCAGAGGCCGUUCGCUCACUACAAAGUGAACCAGGACAUGUCUGCGCUGGGAGCAAAAGGUUUUUGGACGUUCAAUUUGUGUGGCCUUGCCGCGUAUUUGCACUACAUCCUCCGAGAAAGCGCAAAGAAGAUAGGCGCAGACAUCGAUCCAGAACCAUACUUCUGGCCAGAGAGUUUCACAGCAUCACACGCGGCAGAGAUCAUGGACAGAGUUUCAAACAGUCAGCUGCAUCGAAAUGGAAACGAAGGUGUCAAAGCUGCUGUGCAAGCGUCGUCCAAGCGACCGGAAGAGUGCUCCAAGCGUCCGACCAAGCGUCGGAAGUCAUUGUCCUUUUCGGAGUUUACGGACCUGGUCAUAGAAGCUGGGGUGGAAACGGAACAGCAAUUAUUUCAGUUGGCCAAGGACCAAAAACUGAAAGGGCGCGAUCUUCUUUGGAAUUUUGUCGGCCAAGCAAUCCAUCCAGAGCGGCUUCUGGCCAGGUGCCUGCGUGCUUGGAAUUCGGAGAAGAUGCCCCCAACACUUCUUCAUACAACUUCCAAGUUCGGCGUGGCUGACUUCGAGAUUCCUCCCGGUCUCCAGGAAUGGCGUGACAAACACCGAUUGGAUCGCACACUGGUUCUCAGUGGGCCUGGGAACUGUGGCAAGACGGCUCUGUGCGCCGCCCUGCUGGCGGAACACGGUGCUUACUAUUUUUUGGACAAGCUGGAUGUGGUCAAGCGAUGUUUGUUUCAAAGCACGACAUCUCUUUUGGUUGACGAUGUAUGCCUCCGAUCUGCUUCGGUUGAUGACGCCAAGUCCUGGCUGGACAACACCGUUUGCAGGUUUGCGUCCUGCCGACACGAGGAUGGUAUGUUGCCUCCGGGCAUGCGGUGCUUCACGACCAAUUGGGACAAGCGUGGGUUCCUGCCCGACGAAGCCCGGCAUGAGGAACACUUGGUGGCGAUUGAGCGGAGGAUGUGGUUUGUUGAGGUCGGUUCUGAUCUUCGUAAGAACAGUGCUUCUUUGACCAGUUCCUCUUCGGCGGUGCUGCCACUGCCAGCUUCCGAUGAGAUGUUGCAGGUCCUCGCGGAGGAGUUGAAUGACUUGAAGCAACGACGGGCCGCGAUGCGCGCGGCCAACCGUGCAUUGGCAAAGCAGGAGAAGAAUAUGAAAAAACGACGUGCCCGCCUGAUGCAGGCUGCCCGGCAACUCAGCCGUGACGACCUGUUACUCCUGGUGCACCAAGCGGGAGCAGGAGGUGGUGGAGCUGCAGUGGUCGCAGCUGGUGGUGGAGAUGGCGCGGAAAGUCUUCUGUGUGAAAAGAUCCCCGGAAUUGUGGCUGUCUAUGCGCGUGUCACUCUCGGAGGUGGUGGAGCUGCGGUGGUAGCAGCUGGUGGUGGAGAUGGCGCGGAAAGUCUUUUGCGUGAAAAGAUCCCCGGAAUUGUGGCUGUUUAUGCGCGUGUCACUUUCACAGGUCAUGGUGCUCCCCCUCCAAAUCUGCCAGCUGGCGCUGCAGCUGGCGUUGCAGGGGAAGGUCUAGACUGUUUGUUUGCUUUCUGCGUGUGUGGAGCUCUUGGCAGACCAGGUGCGAAUGAUGUGGAGGAGGCUGAUGCCAUUUCAUCUGAGAGUGAUCGCGGCGAAGGCGCGCGGGUGGAUGUGGUUUUGAGUGUGUUGCUCAUGGCCGAAGUUUGCUCUAAAUCAGUUCUCAUUGGAGGCGGUGCUGCUGAUGGUGAUGGUGAGGAAGACUAG